ACGCCCAGAUCCUCCUAACCAAGCCAUGGAGCACGGCGACACUGCCGCCGGCAGCGGCGGCGGCCGGGGAACAAGCAUCCAGGUAACGGCCCUAGACGGCAUCGUGAACGUGAACUCCCUCUUCACGCUCGCCGCCUUCCUCGGCCUGGCCUGGCGCCCCUCCUCCGACGGGCCCGGCCUCGCCGACGGCGCCGACCGCCUGGGCGCCUGCGCCGCGGGGGACCGCAUCGAGUCCGACCUCGUCACCUUCCACGUCCUCGCCUUCGCCUGCUUCCUCUUCUCCAGCCUCGUCGCGCUCUGCCUCAAGCAGAUCGUCCGCACCUUCCCGCACUACCGGCACGCCGCCGCCGGAUCCGCCGUCAGCUGGACCGCCAAGAUCAACCGGGCGGCGCUCCGGGUGGGGAUUCUGUCCUCGGCGGUGGGCUCCGUGUGCGGCUGUGGGUUCCUCAUGAUGGCCCUCGUCAACGUGGUGCAGGUCAAGCUCGGCCGCCUUGGGUGCGGCGCCGGCGGCUCCGCGGCCUGGGGCGCCGUCAUCCCGCUCGUCACGCUCGUGCCCACCGCCAUGCUCAUCUACAUUGGCAUCGUCUUCUACGCCUUCACCCGCUAACUAGAAUCGGAUCCAGUAGCUCUGUAGCUGUAGCUCCACCUACACCUACCUACACUUGAUGCUUCUGCUGAAUUUUGGUAUGCUGAGAUUAUGUGUCCGUGCGAUGAGAGUGCAGUAAGAGAUUCCUCUGAAUGUGUAUCAGCAUGUAUAUAUGCGUGUCUUGUUGUUGUGUUACUAGUACUUUUAGCACAGCCUAAUUGUCUUCCAUGGCUUUGUUUGUUUGUUUGUCAAAUCAAUGUUUGUCUGCAAGUUCCAACCUAC